CACGAACUGAAGUUUUGAGUUUUCACUAGCCCAGCACCACCUCUAGGGCGAACAUCCAUACAAACUAUAACCGCCAAUUCAUGAGGAAGUCGCGUUGCUUUUGCUAAUAACUGUCAAAAUACCACCAUGAUGGACGAAACCGAUAAAUCAUCCACUACCUUCACGCAAUUUACACCGGAAACAUCUCAACCAACCAUUUUGGGCGAGGUCUGGGACGGUCGACGCUUUGCAGUGCCUUGGCCAGGCAAUAAAUACAAUAUUUUCAUAGACGGUACGAACCGGGCAAUUUGCUCAAAUCCAUCGGGCCAUCUUUACGUUUUUGACCUCAACAAAGACAAAUUCCAGCAACACACGUGGCUAUGCGUCGAAAAGAACGGGUAUUUUGGCUUUGUCAAUCCUCAAACGGGCAGAUUUAUGGGUCAUAACAAUUCUGACCAAAUGCACUCGGCAACAUUUCAACAUGAAGCUUGGGAGCUCAUGACAGUAAGGAAGCAUCCUGAAGGAGGCUAUGAGUUGCUGAUGCCACAUUGGUGGCAUACGCUCAAGAAAGUGUGCGUCGUAGAAGGCUCGGAUACGGUGGUGUUGCGACAGCAUAUAACGACUGUUUGGCAGUUUGUCAAGGUAGAUUAGUCAUUGCCUUCAACACAACAUUUGACUAUGUGGCUCAUUCAAAGACUCUUCCAAGAAUCCCAUUUCUAUCACACAACGUACAUGAGAUUCUCUUUGCUCCAUCCUAUAACCGUGUUAUAUGCAAAAGAGAUACUAGAGCCUGAAUAAAAAGAUAUUAACAAACAAACAUGUUUAUGAUGAG